GCCAAUGCAAGUGGUGUUAAUCAUAUGGGAGUGCGAAAACUCAAGGACGAAUUAUACUGAUUCUGUCGAUCGUACCUUCUCUUGUUGAGAAGAUCACAAAGGCUAUCUGUGUUCGAAUCCUAUGCCAAUAGAUUUUCAGAGUGAUGUAAUGACCCGAGGGUAGGCAAAUGGGGCAUGGUGACGCGCAGUCUACUCUUACGCGUGGACAGAUCCCGAACUUUCCAGCGCCAAUUUUGGAGCCCGUUCGUAACAAACAUUUGAUUUCUUUGACCAUGAACACUCCUAGCUCCAUUACCAAAAAAAAAAAACAUCGGAUGAUCCAAAAGCAUCGACGUGGUGUCCGAGAAGCUCAGAAAGACGGAGCCAUAUCUCCGUGGCAUCUUCAACAAGGGUACCAUGGAAAACAACGUGCCCGUCUCAUAUGGGAUCGUCACUUGUCAUCGAGAAACCACACAUAUUCAGCUUUUGGCGUGAAGCCUUCUGCGUCACUGGGAUGGGAGACUAAGAAAGUAACAUCCUUCAGCCGCAAAGUCAUUGCUCAGCCUGGACAUUUCAAGCAGUACAAGGCCUCGCUAGUGCCGGAAGAAUCGCACAAGCCUGCAAAUGACUGGAGAGGCUCAAGUGCAACCACCUGUGUUUCCAAGCAAUCAACUCGCCUGAAGCGGUAUUGCAUCUCGUAAUGGGCGUUAUUCCACGAGUUGGUGGCGACCUGGGAGACUGAUACUUGACAGGUGGGGCCAUGUUUUUUGCCGGAGCUCAAGCUGAGCAUUGAUUGACAGCAGAGGUAUGUAUGAAUUGACGUGGUCACACAGAUAUCCCAGCUGUAUGGUGAUUCGGUGCAUCAUUGUGAUGCAGGAUGCUGU